GGGUCUAAUGGCCCGAACUCGUCACCCAGCGCGAUCGAAAGCGUUGAAUUAAAAGGGGACGGGGCGGCGGCGAGAGGCGCGGAUGGAGGACGGCGUUGGUGCUCUCGGCUCCACCCAGCACUGGACCGUGGCGUUCCGACGCGCGCACCCGCGACUCCGAUGUCAUACUGGCGGACGCAGACGUCUCUCUCCCUCGGAUCCGAUGCCGCCAUGCCCUAGGGGUUUCCAUCGGUCCACGACCUGCGCAACUUUCAUCUUUCGUCGACUGGGUCACCAUCAGAACCUAAUAUUUCGUCUUUCAUCGAGUGGCACUGGCAUGGAAGACGAGAGAUGGUUGUCGAUGAAAGAUUAGAGAUGAGCGUUGAGGGGGAAGAGAUUGGUGUUCGUGGGCGACUCGCUGAACCGCAACACGUGGGAAUCGCUGCUCUGCAUCCGGAGGCACCCUCUGAAAAGGAAGCACCGCGUUUUGGAGGUGUCCGGGAAGGAGGAGUUCAGAACCGACAAUUCGUAAGCUUUUCGAUUCGAAGCAUGCAGUGCUGCACCUCCUUCACGGAUAUCAUCCAUCUUCCCUUCUCUCUUUGUUGGCGGUGAAACACUCAGCCGCCAUUCGCAAGAGGUAACUUCGUCGAUGAACCCCACAUUCAUCAUGAAAUUUCAUUAAGGAAGGAGAAGAGCAUGAAGCUCUGCUGCGACGCUUCCUUGUUUGCUUCCUUGUAUGACUGUAGAUUCAUCCUUUCUCCCUUCUCAUUACGUUUUGUUCUUCUCCUCCCCUCUUCCUUUCAUUCGAUUUGUCCUGACCUUAUCUUACUGAGUUCGAUUGCAGAGAAUAAGUAAGUCGGUUCAUCCGGAGGCCACGUGGAUCAGGACUACUUCUUUGGAAGCCUAAGCAAUCUGUUAACACAACCACUUUCUGCUUAAAGCUCCAUAUCUCUGCCUGUUUGAUUAUGUAUGUUUUUUCCUCAGAUUUACAGAGGACGCAAGAAGGAUUUUUGCAUUUAGUGGAUUAUGCAAUCAGUUUCAUUUAUUAUGACCGCAUAGGAGCGAGGUUUAUCUGACUUCCGGUCUCCAUUUCCUGGGCAGAGAGCUUUUGCAAGCUCCGAGAGUGGUGUAACUUUGACAUGGCGAUGGAAGAUUCAGUUCGAAAAGUGGCGCUAGAGGAGCUGAAGCGCUUGUUUCCUGAAGUUUUCAAUGAUUUGUUUCAGCGGUUGGAAAGAAAGAUGAAUGAGAAACCGAAGCAUGUGAUUCCUCAAAUUUUAAAUCAAACUAACAAUAUCAUGCCUCAGCAAGCGAACGGGGUGAUUGCUCACAAUAGUCAGUUGCCAAGAUCCAUGCCUACCGAAGGCGUCCAGCCAGCAUCAGACUUGCAACUUGCCUUCACAGAGAAACUCUUACUUCCAAGCUUCAGCGAAGAUGUGAUCAAAGAUAAGGAUCAUAAUCAUUUCCAAGUGUCACUAAUGCAAUUCAAACAUGGUCAGAGUUGUGUUUUUUCGCUUCACUCACCUAUCAAAGUAGAAAUAGUGGUCCUCGAUAGAGGUUUCCCCAGAGAAAAUAGUCAGGACUGGAACGCUGACAAGUUCAAAGCAGCAUAUCAGAAGAACGGAAGAGUAGGAGAUCAUUGCUUCUAGAAGAGAGCAAGGCCACAUUACAUCAAGGCAUAGCUUCCUUUGGAACACUUCAGGUCACUGAUAACUCGAGUUGGGUAAAGGCCGGGAAAUUUAGACUAGGAGUCAGAGUUUCUCCGGGCAGCUAUAAAGGACCAAGGAUUAAAGAAGCGAUAACAGAAAGUUUCCGGGUUUUAGACCAUCGAAGCAAAUUCGAUCAGAAGCCGCAUCCCCCAUCUCUUGAUCACGAAGUAUGGAGGCUACUCAAUAUUAGCAGGCAUGGAGCAAUUCACAGGAGGCUGGAUGCUGCUGGAAUUAAGACCGUGCAUGAUUUCUUGAAGCUCUCGGUUGUUGCUCAGCAAUGCCUCCGAGAUAUUAUAAAGAUGUCAGACAAGAAGUGGGGAGAAACAAUAGGACAUGCAAAGAACUGAAAACUGGGAGACGGUUUAUACUUGUAAGGGUUAAGGCUGUCAACCCUCUCGUAGACAACAAACAAGCACCCAAAGAAACAAGACCUGUCGAAUCGACUUAACUGGAAACUCGCCUUAGUAAUGAGUCUUCUUGCGCCUUACCUUGAACUUGAACCAAUGUAACUAACAGCUUCUUCUCGGCUUUCAGACCCAAUUGCUGGACUCUUUCUACCCUUGCUGUUGCUGAUGUACCUCUUGCUCGCUCCUUUCCUUUGCAUUAAUAAAUUCAUCUAGCCUUCCUUCC